AUGCCAACCCUGGCGUACCUGGGCGACGGCAGGUUCUGCAUCUGCAGGCCGAUGAGCACCAUGGAGCCGACCAACUACGGGCCCCCCAUCACCUACGAUGCCUGCUGCUUCUUGGUGGUGGAGCUCAAGCGCUUGUCGUCGUCGUCGAGUCUUGAGCUUGCCAAGCGUGGGAAGAUGACCUACAUGUGGCCGCCGCAAGGCCGGCAAUCCCCAUACAUCGGCUUUAUCCAGCCUGCCACCUGA